UGGACUGGGCUGGACUGGACUGGGAUUUGUGAUGGGCCCAUUCCAGCACACUGCGGUUGGUUGGCCAUGGCGGCAAACCCGAUAGGCCUCGGCUGCGGUUGGGCAGGGGAUUUGCAAUUCCCGACCACUCAAGGCACCCCACACUCCCCCCCCCGAUCCAGCCCUGCACUUCAUCGACCUCUCGAACAGUGAUCUGUCCCAACACAACCAACGCCAUGGAAGUCCUUCCCGUUCCCGUCCUCGAGGACAACUAUUCUUAUGUCGUCGUCGACAAAGCCACCCGAACGGCCGCCCUCGUCGACCCCGCAGUCCCCAAGACCGUGCUUGAGUUCUUGAAGCACCACACCGAUCUGAAUGUGGUCGCUGUGUUGACGACCCACCACCACUGGGACCAUGCCAACGGCAACCCCGAGAUCGCAUCGCACUUUGCCGGCAUCCAGAUCUAUGGCGCUGACGACCGCAUCCCCGGUCUGACCACGCCCGUGAGCCAUAACCAGAGCUUUGCCCUAGGCUCGCUUACGGUAACCCCGCUGCUGACCCCAUGCCACACCCGCGGGUCAUGCUCGUACUAUGUUCACGAUCCAGCCUCAGGGGCCAAGGCCGUAUUCACGGGAGAUACGCUCUUCAUUGCCGGAUGUGGCCGCUUCUUCGAAGGAACCGCCGAACAGAUGCAUGCGUCGCUCUCGACGCUGAUGAGCCUGCCAGACGACACACUGGUCUACUGCGGCCACGAAUACACUCUGGCCAACUUGAAAUUCGCAGCCUCGGUCGAGCCCACCAACCCAGCAGUCCAGGCCAAGCUCCAGUGGGCGCGACACCAGGCCCAAACGAUCCCCGGCACCAUCGGUGACGAAAAGCAGAUCAACCCGUUUGUUCGAGCCCACGUUGCCGAGGUGCAGCAUAGUGUUGCCCAGGCAGUCGGCAAUCUCUCGGAGCCGUACGAUGCGUUGCAGAUCCUGGCGCAUUUACGAAAUCUCAAGAACACCUUCAAGGCUUGAGGCCGGCCAGCUCGGUACAUUCCACGGCCACAAAGUCGUCACUUGCAAUCGCUGCAGAAGCGAUGAUCAAUACACUGUCGGUUGAUGAAAGC